GUGAUUAGCUAAUCCAGUCAGAUACUGUUACUAGAAGAAUGGCCGGGUCAACGUCGAGAGCAGCUACAGCGGCAGCCAAUGGAGAUUUAUCGGGUUUGAAGUAUUUGAUAGAUAAUGGUGAGAAUAUAAAUGUCCGAUCUUCAGAUGGAAUGACACCACUAGCUAUAGCUGCCUUCUGGGGUUACGCAGAUGUUGUAGAAUUCUUGCUAGAAAACAGAGCCGAUGUAAAUCUGACCAAUAAGGGAAACAACUGGACACCGUUACAUUGUGCUUCUUUUCAAGGUCAUGGAAAGGUCAUAUUAAAUCUGAUGCAGCACACACCUGAUUUAUAUAUCAAAGAUAAUCUCGGCAGAACUGCUGUUGAUUUUGCCUCAGCUUUGGAUGCAGUUUGGUCAUUUUUUGGAGCUGCUGGAUGUAAAAGAACGAGUAAAUCUGAUUUAAUUAGAAUGGAUAUCGUGAAAAGGGUCAAGCAAAAUGAUCCCGCUAUAAUACCAUCUUCAGAACGAGUUCAUUUUUCACGACCAGGAUCAGCUUAUGUAAUUAACAGCGAAGGUUAUACAAGAUCCUAUAAAGAUCAUAAUAUGGUUAUGGCAUCAGUGACGGGCGAUGUUCUGGCAGGAUUACCAGAAGACAAACCAAUCAGGCGUGCCAAUUAUAAGCCAACUUUAUCAUUAUUACAAAAUUAAAAAUCGUUAUUUUUUACUCCUAGGAUCAGCUUGAUUCACUACUCUUAUAGGCACGGUAGUGACAAGCGUGGGUUGCAUCACCUGGGGUAAGCCAAGCAUUGUAGCCCCUCACCUGUGUUCCCUUACCACGGCUAAAAUUUUAUGUGGGAACAUUUAUUUGUUCCACAAUAUUGAAAAACUGUGUAGAAUGUUCGAACAAUGGGAGAUUUUCUGUGUUAAUGGAUAUAACUAGACCUACCUCAUUUUUAUUUUUAUACGGCAUUUAGUAAUUGAACAUAUAAUAUAAAAACACAAAUUUAUAUAGAAAACAGUCACUGAGUGUGAAAUAAACUCAGCAAGUUCCUCUUGUCGUUCUCAAUUAAGUCAUUACUUACAUGGGAACCACAAGAGGAACUUGUUGAAACGUAGUGUGAAAUAAACCCAGUGAUUGUUUUCCAUAUAAAUUUGUGUUUUUAUAUUUGUAUUUUUGUGAAAUUCUGACCACAGCCCACUGGAUGGAGUACACUUGAAAUAUCUGCUGUAUUCGUCCACUUCUAUUUCCCAUAAUCAUUAUGUUAAUUAUUUGAAAAUAAUAUUUGUUACCGCUGUGAGAAGUUGGGUUUGCGAGAACUCGUGAUCGUCAAAACAUUCUGAUAUAAAGACUAGUUACAUUUAAAGAACGAGAAUUACUGGAUGUUAAUUGGUAACUAUUGUUUUUAUGAGAGUGACGAGGAUGUUAGCAGAUGUCACGGCAAAUAGAUUUAGGCUACUAUACUAGGGUUAUGUUUGGGAAUUUCCAAUAAGAGAUGGGAAUAGAAUUUAUUUUAUGAUCAGUAGUGGAAUACCGCGUUUUAUCAGUGAAAUAAAAGUGUUAUUCCACUGGC